AUGGGACUGCACGGUACCUUGCGUCCUGCGGCGUCCGUGUUGAUCGUGGUGGCGCUUGCCACAAGCUGCGUUCUAUUUGCAAGCACAACCGCAGAGACGACAGCGACCUGCAUCAGCCUGGCGAACAGGUGCACGUUCAUCAACGUGUCCGUGCGUGUUACUGACGAGACCCAGUUCCCAGCCUAUCAGCUUGCGAUAAGUGGUUACGACGGUGUGUCGGAUCUCACAGUGUCGUUCGCCAGCAGUGUCCUCGAGUAUGUGCCGGCGUAUGCCUUUGCAGCGCUGCAAAAUGCCUCUGCGAUUCGAUUAGUUGGAACAAACACCCGUUUGCUGCAUGAGGACGCAUUCCAGGGGUUAGGUCGUCUGACUGCGAUCAUGAUCGCGGACAACCAGCUGGUGAAUCUGCCGGACAGCGUCUUCCGUGGAUUGCGCACACUCCGCACGUUGAAACUCGUCCACCUCGACUUGAAGACUCUGUCACCCGAAUGGUUCCGUGAUCUGGUGCAGCUGAAUUCACUGACCGUGUCCAAAAAUCCGAAUCUCCGAACCCUCGACGCGGACGUUUUCCAGCACUGCUCGAAAAUCUGGAGCCUCGAUCUGUCCAACAACGCGCUCGAGAGUCUACCAGACCGGCUGUUCGAUGCACUAUCGGAUGUGGAAUCCAUCAAGCUGGACAACAACCGGUUGCAAGACGUGCACGAGAAUCUGUUCGCGAACGCGGGAGAUCUUCGGGUUCUAACGCUGAACAACAAUUCACUCACGUUGAUUUCCCCCAUUCUGCUCAGAAAUCUCAGCCAGCUGGAAGAGUUGCACCUGCGCUGGAACCUCAUCGAGGAGUUCCAGCUGUUGUACUUCCCGUCGGUGAAACCGUUCGCGCUGGAUCUGCGCAACAACGGGUUGAUUUCCUUUAACCGCACCAUGCUUACCGUGCUGGAAAAUCUGGACGCCAUCUGGCUCAACGAUAAUCGCAUCACGUACAUCGCACCAGACACGUUCCAUGACGCGGUCAACACGACGGUCGUUGAGCUGGACGGUAACUACCUUGAGGCACUCCCGGUGGAGCUACUGGCGGGUCUUACGCAUCUGCGCGUGUUUGCCGCAAGCGGUAAUCGGCUGAAAUCGGUCCCGGAGGAAUUGUUCCUCGAGAAUCUGGAGGUGAAAACGAUACGCCUUUCGUCCAACCUGCUCGAAACGCUGCCGCCAAAGUUUUUCGCCGAACUGCCCCUUCUCGAGGAGUUGGACAUGGAAAGGAACAAUAUCGUUCGGCUUGAAGCGGACGCGUUCGUCGAUUGCCCCAUGCUGCGUCUGGUACUGCUGGGACACAAUCAGCUGACGGAGCUGCCGGCGAUCGUUUUCCAGCGGCAGCAAGAUACCCUUCACACGCUCGAUAUCAAGGCUAAUCACUUAUCGACCCUCGAGUUCGUGAAGGGCUUAAAGCAGCUCGCUCGGUUGGAUGUUGAAGGGAACCAACUGGAACAGUUGCACGGCGACGCGUUCGCGGAGACAACAAAUUUAACUCACCUGAUGGUGGGAUUCAAUCGGCUGGAUCGGCUGCCGAGCGACAGCUUUACGGGGCUGUCCAAAUUGAAGGUACUAAACGCGUCACACAACAAUAUAGGCUUCAUCGAACCGGAAACGUUUGCUACUACUCCAAAUCUGGUCGAAGUAUUCUUGAACGGAAAUUCGCUAGAAAAUUUACCGGACACAAUAUUCGCGUCCCUCGCGGCGCUGCGAACACUGGCGCUGAGCGAUAAUAUACUCCAGCAGCUCGGAGCAAACCUGCUAGCGUACGCCCCGAGCCUCCAGAUGCUCAAUCUCUCCAACAAUCCGAUUGCCGAGCUUCCCGAGCAGUUCUUGCGACAUAGCGCCAAUUUGGAAACGUUGUCCCUGAACGGAAUUCAGCUACAGCGAAUCCCUAAAGCGUUCCUCGUUCAGCCGAAAUUGAUGAGACACCUCAGCUUGGAAGGGUGUGCUAUCGAGGAAAUCGACCCGGAAGCCUUCCGCGGGUUCGGUUCAUCGAACCUCGCGAUGUUGUUUUUACGCGGAAAUCAUCUAACCUCGAUUCCGGAAGGGUCGUUCCGCACUUCUCGGAUGUUGACGGUAUUGGAUUUAUCGUACAACCUGCUCACUCAGGUGAUCCCGGGCGCUUUUGCUCUCGAUAACUCGCUCCAGAAGCUGUACCUGGAAGGCAACAUGAUUCAGCAGCUUCGCGCUGGAGAUUUCGAAAAAUACACCCGCAUGAAGGUUUUGAAUUUGCGAAACAACCUCAUUGACCAUCUCCCCGACGGUGUGUUUAAUGGAGCAGAAAACUUAAAGGUUCUUGACAUGGGGGGCAACAUACUGACAGCGCUGUCUGCCGCUACGUUCGCUCAGCUUACCAGCCUAGAGUCUAUCGAUCUCAGCUCGAUGCUUUUGCACUCUUUGGACAGAAAGCUGUUCAUCAAUCAACCGAACCUGGAAUCAGUGUACCUGCAGAACAAUCGCCUGCGCGAGCUGGAGUCGGAUUUGUUUCGCAAAAAUUCGCUGCUAAAAUUCCUCAAUAUUGCAAACAAUUCCCUCACAAGCUUCGCGCUGGAAGAUUUCAGGCAGGUGAACGAAUCACUGCUCUUUUUGGACGUUUCGGACAACAUGCUGGAGGUUUUCACCGUCACACCGGUGCUGCGGGAGCUCAAAGCAUCGCGAAACAUCAUUUCCCUAAUCCAUACCGCACCCAACGAAGAGUCGGCCCUGAUUACGGCCGAGCUGUCGGCUAAUCGUAUCUCUUCCAUUGAAGAUCUGAGCGGAUUCGCUCAUUUGGAGUCGCUGGAUGUCUCACAUAAUCCGCUUGUUGAGCUGAAUUUCGUUCAUUUAGGGGCAUUUUACAACCUCGCACGAUUCAAUGCUUCUGCGCUGGACGGAACGGCAGUUGAUUUGAGCACUGAUGGCAUGCUGCUGCCGACCCUCACUAGCCUGGAUCUGUCCAGCAAUGGCUUGCACACGAUUUCGGUCGAAUUUUUAAGCAGUUUUCCGAAUCUGGAAAUGCUCUUUCUUCAAAAUAAUCCCCUGACGGGUUCGAGUUAUUCGCUGUUUUUCGAGAAUCUACCUUCGCUAGCUGUGUUGGGGCUGGAUUCAUAGACAUUUGCUCUGGAGAUGCUAGGUUAAACGUGAUGAAACCUACAUACAAUUCUAUCUAGAUUAUGUUAAACAUCAAUAAAUAUGUUACACAUUUGGCAAUGGCAACUCGUUUAAAAUGGCUUUUAAAUGAUGU